AUGGCGAUUUCAGUACGUGGCUGUAGUUAUGGAAUAUUGAGUUAUUGUGUUUGUCUGAUAUUCUUGGCCCAAUGUGAUUUUAAAAAAGUGUCGGCGGAAAAUGCAGUUCUAACCAAUGAUAAUGAUAUUUCCCACAUUGGCGAUGAUUGCCAGGUGACACCAGUUAUCCAUGUUCUACAAUAUCCAGGAUGUGUACCUAAACCGAUACCCUCAUUCGCAUGUGUUGGACGAUGUGCCAGUUAUAUACAGGUUUCUGGUAGUAAAAUCUGGCAAAUGGAACGUUCCUGUAUGUGCUGCCAGGAAUCAGGUGAACGUGAAGCUGCUGUUUCCCUAUUCUGUCCCAAGGUGAAACAUGGCGAACGGAAAUUUAAGAAAGUCCUAACGAAAGCUCCACUGGAAUGUAUGUGUCGCCCCUGUACAUCGAUUGAAGAAUCGGGAAUUGUGCCACAAGAAAUUGCCGGCUAUUCAGAUGAAGGACCAUUGAAUAAUCAUUUUAGAAGAAUAGCAUUGCAGUAA